UGCCAGUCGCGGGCUCAGUCAUGGCCCACCGCCGGCGCGUGGAGGAAGCGCAGCUGCAGGAGCGGCUCUUCAGGCUGGUCCAGGAGGGGCAACUAAGGCCCUUGCAAGAGGAGCUUGGGAGAGCGGAGCACAGCCGCAGCUGGCAGGUGAAGACAGGGUGCCCGGGCAGGGGGGGCGACACGCUCCUACAUUCUGCAGCCCGGCACGGGCAUCGGGACGUCCUAGCUUACCUGGUUGAAGCUUGGGAGCUGGACAUCGAGGCUCCUAACCGGGACUACAAGCGUCCCCUGCAUGAGGCGGCUUCCCUGGGACACCGGGACUGCGUGCUGUAUCUGCUGAAAAGAGGAGCGGCUGUGGACUGCUUGAAGAAGGGGGACUGGACUCCUCUGAUGAUGGCUUGCACGAGGAAAAGCUUGGAAGUGAUCCAGGAUCUUGUGGAGCAUGGGGCCAAUCCAACGCUGAAGAACAAAGAUGGCUGGAACAGUUUUCAUAUUGCCAGCCGAGAGGGUGACCCUGUGAUCCUCCAGUACUUGCUCACUGUUUUCCCAGCUGUCUGGCAGACAGAGAGCAAAAUCAGAAGAACACCUCUACAUACUGCAGCAAUGCAUGGCUGCUUAGAGGCAGUGGAGGUGCUUCUCGAGAGGUGCCAGUAUGAGCCAGACAGCAGAGACCAAUGUGGAAACACUCCUUUUAUGGAUGCAAUACAGUGUGGCCACAUCAACACAGCUCAGCUCCUUCUUGAAAAACAUAAGGCUUGUUUCACAGCCAAGGAUAUCCUAGGUGCCCAAGCUUUACACAAGGCAGCAGUCACUGGUCAAGAUAAAGCUAUUCAAUUCCUAGUCUCUGAUCUUGGUGUUGGAGUUGAUGAGAGAGUAACAUUAACACAAUACACAGCCCUCCACUAUGCAGCUAAGGAGGGACAUACAAAUACAGUGAAGACUCUCUUGUCUUUGGGAGCUGACCUUGAGUCUAAAGAUGUAAGAAAUCGAUCAGCCUUACACCUGGCUUGUGCAGGUCAACAUUUGGCCUGCAUCGAGUUUCUCCUCCAAAGUGGACUAAAGGACUCUCCAGACAUCACAGGGACCCUGGCUCGAGACCUCAUAAAAAAACAAGACAUUCUUUAUUACUUUGACCAAAAAAUGGCACGACCCACAAAUCUUCCUUAAAGAAGAAAUAUAUAAGCAGCAGUGUUUCUAGCUUUCUUGCUAAUUUUUUGGUUAAUAAACAUAUGACUAUUGAAUUUGGACAUCAUUGGGUGCUUUUAGCUCCUCCUCUAUACCUGAGUAAGAAUGUCUUGAUCAUCGGCAGACAACAUCCAGGUACUUGAUUAACUUCUGGAAACAACAUAGCCUCUGUUGUAUUCCAAGCUCUAUUAUGGACAUGUUGUGAGAUCCUGACCCAGCAUACACCUCUUGCUUUCUACUUCAGUUUCUCCACUU